UGGCUCGAGGAAGAGGCUCGAGGAAGUGGCUCGAGGAAGAGGCUCGAGGAAGUGGCUCGAGGAAGAGAGGACUCGAGGAGGCAGAAAAACGAGAAUUGAGGAAGGCCCGAUGUGUGUCUCUCUCCGUUUCUCGUUAUUCAGCUGCUGCAGCACAGGACCUGGUUUAUUAGAGCCCGACAAACAGCAGCUCAGAUCAGCCCAGAGUCAGACUGAAGUCUGAUGGAGGUCAAACUGUCCCGUUAAAGUGCAGCAGAGAGGGAAAAUGUGAUGUGGAUCCUCACAGAUGGACGUUUACAACUCAAACUGAGAGGAAACCGAAGUUUGGACUUUUGUCCUGCAGAAACACAGACUCUCCGCCUCGGACUGACAGUCUGGAAACUCUUCGAGGAGCGUUAAAAUAACUUCUGGAAAGUAGUUUUGGGAGUUGUGUUGGGAGUUUAAGAGAUGUCCGAGCCAGAGAAGAGCGAGGACAUUCCUGAUGAGUCUGCAGGAAAAGGAAAAGGAAUUCCAAACGGAGGGAAUUCUGCAAAAAGCAAAGAGGAUUAUGACCUGGCUUCCAUCUAUGUGUCAGACGCUCAAUACAACAGGAACAUCUACUUCGACACGUCGCCUCAGGCUGUGAGACUGUAUCUGCGCUACAACCACUGGAUCCCUCAGGUGCUCCUCUUCUUCUUCAUCCUGGUCGAUCUGUCUCUGGCCCUCUUCGAGGAGCCGGCCGUCGUCCCUCUGCCUUCAUGGGCCACCAUGCUGGUGGAGCUGCUCUGUCUGCUCGUCUUCACCAUUCGACUCGUUCACUACGCCAAAGUGAUCCCUCGAGACAAGUUCUGGAAAGAUCCCAAAAACAUCUGCAUCAUCGUCAUUGUCGUGCUCACUCUGGUCGAUAUGAUCAUCUACGGAGCGCUGAAGGCUACAAACUGUUACGGUGUCCGCUGGUCCAGAGUCCUGCGCCCGCUGCUGCUGGUGAACGUCACAGAGGGACGGCAGCUCCGCCGAGCGUUCAGAAGCAUCCGGAACGCUCUGCCUCAGAUCUUCUACGUCUUCCUGCUCUUCAUGUUCAGCCUCCUCAUCUUCUCCCUCAUGGCGCUCAAACUGCUGGGCAAACGAGGUCUGAAGACGAUCGAUGGCGCUCCGUACUUCACCAACUACCUGGAGAUCGUCUUCGAUCUGUACGUCCUCGUCACGACGGCCAACAGUCCCGACGUCAUGAUGCCGGCGUACAACGCCAGCUUCUACUUCGCCAUCUUCUUCAUCUUGUACAUCCUCAUCAACAACUACAUCUUCAUGUCCGUCUUCUUGGCCGUCGUCUACAAUAACUACAAGAAGCACCUGAAGGAGGAGAUACGGCAACUGGUGAGGGCCAAAAGGCACAAGAUGGUGCAAGCGUUCGCUGUGCUGCAGGAGCAGCGGGAGGAGGGCGGGGAGCCGGUGGUGAGCCAGGCUGACUGGAACCAAAUAGUCCGACUGGUCCAGCCCGACAUCAGCAACGCUCACAGAGAGCUGCUGUGGAGCGUCUCCGACAACAACAACCAGGGCUGCAUCGGUAAGGUGGCGUUCGUUCAGCUGGCCGACCUCCUAAACAUCGAGGUGAUCACGCUCAAGUCGAGACCCCACCCGCUCCACGGUCUGUGCCCCGCCCUCUACCUGUCGGCCCCCAGCCGCCUGCUCUGCCGAUUGGUCCAACACCGGGCCUUUGUGAUCGUGUACGACCUGAUCAUCCUGGUGAACGCCGUGUUCAUCGGUCUGGACGAGACGAAUCCGUUGAUCGCUAACUCUGAGUGGGUGUUUCUGGCUCUCUACCUGCUUGAGAUCCUGAUGAAGCUCUACGUGUUCGAGCCCAGGGCGUUCUUCUCCAGACACAGCUUCUGGAACUGGUUCGACACGAUCAUCGUCAUCUCCGCUCUCAUCGCCACAAUCAUCAACGCCACCUUGACACCAUCGGGAAAUUACACCAGCCGACAGAUCCUGGACAUCGUCUUCAUCCUGAGAGUCCUCAGACUGAUCCGGGUGGUGGACAGCAUCAAAAGGUUUCGUACAAUCAUCAACACCCUGAUCAGGAUCGGACCAGCAAUCCUCACAUUUGGACAGCUGAUCAUUGUGGUGUACUACAUCUUUGCCAUGGUGGGGAUGGAGCUGUUCAAAGACAAGGUGAAGUUUUACGAGGACUUGAGCGACCCGGCAAAUCUGUACUGCGGAAACGAUCAGCUGAAAGGAACGGCCUUCGCACAACUCAACUACUGCAAGAACAACUUCAACAACGUGGUGUCGUCCUUCAUCCUGCUGGUGGAGCUCACUGUGGUCAACCAGUGGCAUGUGCUCAGCAGCGGCUUCGCUGCCGUCACCCACAAAUCAGCCCGGAUCUUCUUUGUCAUCUUCCACAUCAUGGUCGUCAUCGUCAUCAUCAAUAUCUUCGUGGCGUUCGUACUCGAGGCGUUCUUCGUGGAGUACUCGGUGGAAAAGAGCGACCUGCAGACGUCUCUGGAGAGGAAGAUUGAGGAGCUGGAGCUGGCUGUGGCGCAGGAGACGUUGGAGGAUAAUUUGGUGAACGCCAUGGAAACCAUCGACAACGAUCAGGGAACCAGGCAGGCGGCGAACAACAAACCCGCCCUGAUGUUUAAAAUCGCUUCAAAAAGAUAUCGGACGGUGGACGCUCUGCUGCAGCGGAUGUUCGAGUCCGACCUCGACCCCGAAGACUUCGCUGAGAAUGACGAUCAGACGAACUUUGCCAACCCGACGUUCAGCUCUGCGUAGAGACAUUAAUGUACAAAUACAUAUGAAGGGAAACAGAUUCUAUCAUUUAUAUACAGUUUUAUACUCAUCUGAUGUUUGUCCAGUGUUAUAUUUUUAUAUUUCUGUAGCUCUGUGUAGAAACGCAUAAAGAAUAUUUACACUGG